AUGCAAAAGAAGAAAGAACUUCAACAAAACAUGCGUGGUCAAACUUUCCAACAAUACGAGAACGAACUCAAUAACCUUCGUCAAUCUAACAAUGACAAACAGAAACAGUAUAAAGAACUUGAAGAAAGGAAGAAUAUUUUUAACCAAAUUAAAACUCUUGAAGAAGAACUGAAACAAUACGAAGAGACAGAAGAAAAUAAUCAGAAAAAUCUUCAAACAUCUGAAUCAGAACUCAAAUCCCUUCAAUUUGAAAACAAAUCAUAA